CCGUCAACCUCUUCUCAGAUUUCAGGAAAUUCUGAUUCUCAUCUGAGACCUUUCCCCGUCCGGCCUCCGAACCCCCUCCCCGUCAUAUAUGAUCUUCUCCUAUAGACUCUGGACCCUCCGUGACUCAGCAGAAGCCGCUCUCUAUAUAAAGCUGAGGGAUCAGCUGGGACUACUACACACCGGUCUGUGGAGACGACACCACCUGGACCCGCGCACAAUGAGUGGAUACGUCAUCACCUAUUUCCCAUUAAGAGGGCGUUCGGAGGUCAUACGUCUGCUCCUCGCUGAUCAGGGGGCAUCAUGGACGGAUGAGGAUGUGCCGAUCGCUGAUUGGUUUGCAGGAAAAUGUGACCUUAAGAAAGAAGCGGUUUUCGGUCAGCUGCCACAGUUUAAAGAUGGAGACUUUGUUCUGUACCAGAGUAACAGCAUCCUGAGAUACCUCGGCCGUAAAUAUGGUAUCGCGGGGGGCAGUAAUGAGGAGAGCGCGCUUAUUGACAUGGUGAACGAUGGAGUGGAGGACCUAAGGGUUAAAUUCAACCGAAUGUAUUUCUAUGAGUUUGAGACGGGUAAAGAGAAGUACGAGAAGGAUCUUCCCAAUCACUUGUCUCCAUUUGAGAAGAUUCUUUCCCAGAACGAUAAAGGAACCAAAUAUGUGGUGGGGGAGAAGAUCUCCUAUGCUGACUACAGCCUCCUGGACCUUCUGCACGGUCACCUCCAUGUUUUCCCAGCAUGCCUUUCCUCAUUCCCCCUCCUGACAGCAUACAUUGACCGCGUUAGCUCCCGCCCUAAACUCAAUGAAUACUUUAAAUCUGACGCUCGCAACAACCGACCCAUUAUGCCUAAAAAUGAAUGAACAUUGGGAGAUGGAACAAGUUCACAACCAACAGUAGCUCAAUAACAGCUCCCAAAUGUAGGUGAAGGAACCCCAAGGUACCCAUGGCCCCAUCAAGUGUUUUUGUGUCCUUGUUGUUGUUUUGUGCAAAUAAAUAAUUUAGA